CCAGCAAAUGUUGACUAAACUUUUCGGUGUAGUGUUUAGUCACUUCUUUCAAUUGUUACCAAAAUGUCGGUGGAAGACUCCUGGGUUUUUGAUUCGCUGGUGUGCUUUCUGCACGGACCCAUUUGGAAUGCUCCGCUCCAGACUUUUAUAGAGCAAAAGUCCCUAGUCUUCGAUCCCAACCUACCGAUGGAUGAGACCAAUCCGGAUAUACUUCAGAUCCACGAGGAAUACAAGAAUCUGGUGGAUUACAUGCUGGGCAGCUUCAUGGAGGAGAUGCAGAUAUCGCCGGAGCAGUUCGAAAUGGCCUGUCUCGAGGGUCGUCAGCAGGGUCAGGGCGAAAAUCCCUUCCAGUUUCAUCAGGUGCUGUUUCAGCAGAUCUGGGCCGCCAAUGACCUCAAGAUAUUCAUACGCAUGAUGACGCAACGCAAUGUGGAGCUUCAGCUACAGGCCCUAGAUCUCAUCGAGAAAAAUCAAUUAGCCCAAAGUACCGCCGAUGAGGGGGAUGACCGCAGUGCGGACGCGUCCUCGGAUCCAGGUGAUACCGCCUCCGAGGUGGAACAAAUGAUAGCCAAGACGGUGGCCGACGAGCUGGAGAGUCCGGAAGCGGCUCUCACUCCAGAGCAGGAGUCCAAUCUGGAACUGGUUAAUGACAAGUUUCAGCGCUUGAAUCUGUUCUUCGAGCAGGAGGAUCAUGUGGACCCCAGCGAUGUGGUGUCGCGACAGGAGUACCUGCGCCAGCAACGCGACAAGAUCGUAGAGAUUAAGAAGCAGACGCGGGCCAAGCAGCUGCAGGAGACCAUGUCCCGCGGUACUCCGCAUGCUCCGGAGGGAGCUCGUCCCAGCUCCGCAUUGGUGGCCCAGCAGCUGCUGGAGAAUGGCGGCCAAACCAAGGAGCUCUCGAUGCCGGCACCUCUGGAGGCCGAGGAGAACGCUGCCCUCCAGCUCAGACGCAAUCUUGCCAAGCGCUUGCGUAGCGAAGUGGUGGAACAAAAGUGAAAUGCAGGAC